AUGUGGUACCUGGCGUAUUUCAUGCACCGCCACCUCGACUUCCGCCUCGACGAGCUGCAGUCGCUCGCCGUCCUCGCUGGCGUGCAGCCGGCUCAGCACGAUGACGUGGAAUUGCGCCCGCCUGCCAGCUCGGCUUUAUCUGAGGGAGAGCGGGGCGGAGAGAAGGGAAACGAAGGGGAGGAGUUGGUUGAGGAAGUGAGUGGAGACGAAGGCAGUGAGGAGACGAGGAGGGGAGAAGGGGGUAGUGAGAUGAAAGGAGAAGAGGAGGACGAGAUAUCAGGAGGAGGGGGAAGCCAGUGGGAGCCUCCCGUGGCACUCCCUCCCUUCUCCCACCCUCUCUACUUCCCCCCCCACCUCAACUCCCACUCCCAUCAUCCUCCUGUCCUCUCCCCUUCCUUCUCCACCCUCCCACCCCCCUGGCCUGCUUAUAAAGGGGAUAUUCGUCAUAUGGCGGAGGCGCCAACCUACGAAGAGUUAAAGCCGCAGGUCGAGGCGAACAUCGCGACCAAGAUUUCGCCCUUCACAGCCCUCGGCUCCAUGUUCGAGAUCGUUGUUGAUGUGAUCCCCACGCCUACCCUCUUUCUCUCUCCCUACCCUCUUUCUCUCUCCCUACCCUCUUUCUCUCUCCGUUUCCUCUCUUUCUCUCUCCGUUUCCUCUCUUUCUCUCUCCGUUUCCUCUCUUUCUCUCUCCGUUUCCUCUCUUUCUCUCUCCGUUUCCUCUCUUUCUCUCUCCGUUUCCUCUCUUUCUCUCUCCGUUUCCUCUCUUUCUCUCUCCGUUUCCUCUCUUUCUCUCUCCGUUUCCUCUCUUUCUCUCUCCGUUUCCUCUCUUUCUCUCUCCGUUUCCUCUCUUUCUCUCUCCGUUUCCUCUCUUUCUCUCUCCGUUUCCUCUCUUUCUCUCUCCGUUUCCUCUCUUUCUCUCUCCGUUUCCUCUCUUUCUCUCUCCGUUUCCUCUCUUUCUCUCUCCGUUUCUCUCUUUCUCUCUCCGUUUCCUCUCUUUCUCUCUCCGUUUCCUCUCUUUCUCUCUCCGUUUCCUCUCUUUCUCUCUCCGUUUCCUCUCUUUCUCUCUCCGUUUCCUCUCUUUCUCUCUCUGUUUCCUCUCUUUCUCUCUCCGUUUCCUCUCUUUCUCUCUCCGUUUCCUCUCUUUCUCUCUCCGUUUCCUCUCUUUCUCUCUCCGUUUCCUCUCUUUCUCUCUCCGUUUCCUCUCUUUCUCUCUCCGUUUCCUCUCUUUCUCUCUCCGUUUCCUCUCUUUCUCUCUCCCUACCCUCUUUCUCUCUCCGUUUCCUCUCUUUCUCUCUCCGCUUCCUCUCUUUCUCUCUCCGUUUCCUCUCUUUCUCUCUCCGCUUCCUCUCUUUCUCUCUCCGUUUCCUCUCUUUCUCUCUCCGUUUCCUCUCUUUCUCUCUCCGUUUCCUCUCUUUCUCUCUCCCUACCCUCUUUCUCUCUCCGUUUCCUCUCUUUCUCUCUCCGUUUCCUCUCUUUCUCUCUCCGUUUCCUCUCUUUCUCUCUCCCUACCCUCUUUCUCUCUCCGUUUCCUCUCUUUCUCUCUCCGUUUCCUCUCUUUCUCUCUCCGUUUCCUCUCUUUCUCCACACUCCUACCCUACCCCCCAGGUCUGCUCAUUAAGGGGAUGUUCGACAUAUGGGCAGAAGAGGCGCCUAUACGAGGCCCUAGAGCCGCAGGUUGAGGCGAACCUGACAGGCAAGGCGGUGCCAUUAGCGGGCCCGGGCUCCACGUUCAAAAUGGUGGUGGAUGGCUUUGGCAAGAUCUUAACCUUGUUCUGUUCUCCACCUCCUCCACCUUCCAUCCCAUCAGGUCUGCUUAUAAAGGGGAUAUUCGACAUAUGGGCAGAGGCGCCAACCUACGAGGCCCUAAAGCCGCAGGUGCAGGCGAACCUGACAGCCGAGGGGAUAGUCGACAUAUGGGCAGAGGCGCCAACCUACGAGGCACUGAAGCCGCAGGUUGACGCGAGCCUGACAUCCAAAGUCACGCCCUUCACAGCCCCGGGUCCACAUUCAAGACGGUUGUUGAUGGCUUUGGCAAGAUCUUCCCCUCGUUCUCCACCCCCCCACACCCCUGCCACCCUCCCAGGUUUGCUUAUAAAGGGGAUAUUCGACAUAUGGGCAGAGGCGCCCACCUACGAGGCAUUGAAGCCACAGGUGGAGGCGAACCUGGAGAGCAAGGUGGUGCCGUUUGUGGGCCCGGGCUCCACGUUCAAAAUGGUGGUGGACGGCUUUGGCAAGAUCUUCUCAAUGGACGAGCAGAGGGAGAGGAUGGAACGAUUCACAUACAUCCCCUUCCAGGGCAAGGUGAAGCUGAGCGCGCCCGACUACAAGUUCUGGGUGAUAGAGCAGGCAGCAGAAUGCACCAACAACGGCCUUCCCCCCAACAUGCCCUUGCGCGUGUUCAUUGGCCGAGAGGUGCGUGUGGGGGAGGAGAGGUGGCAGUAUCAGACCGCACAGUGGCCGCCAAGUACGAGCGCACUCGCUGGCCCGGCAGUACCUGGGCCCUCCCACCCCACUCUACUGUCUCACACCACACGUUUCCCUCCUUCCUCACAUAUUCCCCCCAUCCAUCCCUUGGAUGCUGAGCUGGCGCUGCUGAGUUGCUGCUUGCUGCCCUCCCCCUGCACCGACUCACUGCCCUUCAUUCACUGCCCAUCUUUCCUUCCUCUCCCUCCCCACCCACAGGUAGCAGUAUCGGACCGCACAGUAGCAACGAAGUACGAGUUGAGCCGCCGGCGCUACCUGGGGCCCACCGCCAUGGAUGCUGAGCUGUCGCUGCUCAUGGCCAACCAGGCGCUGGCACGGCGCGGGGCCCUCAUGUACGACCCGUUUGUGGGCACUGGGAGCAUUCUGGUGGCAGCGGCACACUUUGGUGCUGUCACUCUGGGAGCGGACAUAGACAUAAGGGUGGUGCGGGAUGGCAAGGGCCCCAAUCGGGACGUGUGGGGCAACUUCCACCAGUACUCACUCCAGCCACCAGUGGGAUUGCUGCGAGCAGACAACAAUUGCCCUCCCUGGAGGCAAGACCUACGAGAGAUGUUCCAUGCCAUCAUCUGUGAUCCUCCCUACGGCGUCCGGGCAGGCGGCCGAAAGUCGGGCGGGAGGAAAAUUCUCAACGGGGUGACGGACCCGUACUCGAUAGCAGACAACCUGAAAGCUGCCCACAUCCCCUCCACCGCCCCUUACUCCCUCGAAGAGUGCCUCCACGAUCUUUUAGACACGGCUGCCCGGCUGCUCGUGAUUGGUGGGCGGCUCGUUUAUUUUUACCCUGCUGCCCGAGAGGAGUAUGUGCCCGAGGAGAUUCCCGGGCAUCCGUGCCUGAAGCUGGUUGCUAAUAGUGAGCAGAUUCUCACGAAGCGGUGGAGCAGGCGGCUUGUGACUAUGGUGAAGGUUGCUCCGUACAGCGAUGACAUGGCAGCUGCACACAUUCCCGAAUACUCUGACCAAUCAGACAUCGCAUUCAUUGCACCAGGAUUGGGCGCACGAAGUUGA